AUGUCGGCGUCAAAAAGCCCACUCGAUAGCAGCAUCAAGCGGUCUAGCUCAGGAACACGUCGUCCCACCUCGCGCCCAACGACCCCUCUUCGCCCCUCCUCGAAAUCCUCUUUCCGCGAAUCUGGCAGGUCGAGUGUCGGCGGCAAUUCCGAUGCGCCACUAGAGGUAUUCGAGCCCGCAUUUGCGGAGUUGUCGGAUUCAAUGGCGGAUUUAGAAGCGAAUUUUAUGCAUUUACAGUUGAUGCACGAGAGUCUGUCACGAUUCAGCGAAAGCUUCGCGAGUUUCCUUUACGGGUUGAACAUGAAUGCGUUCUGUGUGGAUUUCCCAGAGGCCCCCGUGGCGGAUUCAUUUCGUCGAGCUCGCCAACAAUCGGAACAACUCAACCGAUCAACCAACUCCGAGAGAUUUCAAGGCGAUUUUGAUGGAGAAACAACCUUCAUGACAACUGACACAUCAUUUGUCGACAACCCUCCAACAUCAUCGAAAGCAACUCCCAAAUACACCCCUCCUGUUCCAGCCUCAAGAAUAGCUGGCGCGCCUGGUCGUGGUGGAGCAUCAUCAACCGGUAGGGGUGGCAUUCCCAGAGUACCAUGAAGUAGGACUAUCGAGACACCAGAAAUACCCCAGAGACAAUAUUUCCGAUAAAAAGGCAUACUUUUAUGCAGAGCAGCGCCAUAUGUGGUGCAGCUGUGGUCCGCUCGACUUUUCAACGGGAAAUGCUGGCGUCGAGUUUGUUAUCGCAAUGAGAAGGCGGCUUCCGGGUACGAAACAUGGCGGGGUCGGUUCUUCAUGUUGCCAUCUCAACCUCGAUAGUCUGU